GUCAAACUGUCGCCUGAUAAAAAACAUAGCAGAUAUUAUAUAAUCCGCGUUAACAAAAUUAUGUUUGCAGUCUCUCGAGACGUCUAAGUCCGAUCGCAACCCAAUAAGUGCUAACUUAAUAAACCUCUUCGGUGAAUAAGUUGCAGUGCUUUCCCCUUAAGAGCAAAAUGCCUCCUCAAGGUCAGCAGCAAGGGUCAUGGGUUCUAUACGAAUCGGAUUUGAACAAAGACGCCACGCCGCCACCCCUCGUCCCGCCCUCUGCUGAGAAACGAGAAUGGAAGAUAGUUUGGAGGAAUGUCACACUCUUCGUGCUGCUCCAUUUGGGAGGAGUUUAUGGAGCCUACCUGUUUCUGACACAAGCGAUGUGGGCUACACGUAUAUUCACGGUCAUGCUUUACCUGGCAUCUGGUCUCGGUAUUACGGCGGGUGCCCACAGACUCUGGGCUCACAAAUCCUACAAAGCGAAAUUACCACUACGUAUAUUACUCACAGUGUUCAACACUAUCGCAUUUCAGGACUCAGUACUUGAUUGGGCACGGGACCAUCGAAUGCACCACAAGUAUUCUGAAACCGAUGCAGAUCCUCACAACGCAACACGGGGUUUCUUCUUCUCCCAUGUCGGCUGGCUUUUGGUGAGGAAACACCCUGAGAUCAAAGCGAAAGGACACACCAUUGAUAUGAACGAUUUGUGGGCUGAUCCAGUACUCCGAUUCCAGAAAAAAUACUACCUGAUUCUUAUGCCUUUGGCUUGCUUCGUGCUACCGACAUACAUACCGACCUUGUGGGGGGAAUCAUUAUGGAAUGCUUACUUCGUGAGCGCAAUCUUCCGCUACGUUUACGUUUUAAACGUCACGUGGUUAGUCAAUUCAGCCGCGCACAAAUGGGGUGACAAGCCCUACGAUAAACACAUCAAUCCCGUAGAAACCAAACCAGUAUCAUUAGUGGUAUUAGGAGAAGGCUUCCACAAUUACCAUCAUACGUUUCCAUGGGACUACAAGACCGCCGAACUGGGCCACUACUCGCUGAAUCUCUCGAAGCUGUUCAUUGACACGAUGGCGAAAAUAGGUUGGGCUUACGAUCUUAAAACUGUCUCAGCUGACGUCAUCGAGAAGAGAGUGAAGAGGACGGGCGACGGAACCCAUCCAGAAUGGGGUCAUGAAGAAUCACAUGAACACUCACAAUAGAGUUUUGUCAAAAUUUAUUCUAAAGCUGAACGCCAAAUUGUGAAGGAAGGGUUAAUCCUAUAAAUAUAUUGUGCAUUAAGCUAAUCAUUUUAUAGAUAUUAUUAGCCGUUGACUGUGAAGGAUUAUGUGAUAUAUUUAAGUAAUUUUAAGAUUUCAUUGUUAUUUAUUAAAUAUUUAUAUAGAAGUUAGAUAAAAAUAAAUGAGAAUUUAAAUUAGAUAGCUGUAUACCUAGAAAUAUAUGUAUUAUUAGUGAA